AUGGGAAUUGGAUGGACAUCUUGGAAGAAAAGAUGGUUUAUUUUAACACAAACUUCACUUGUUUUCUUCAGGAGUGAUCCAAAUGCAAUCCCUCAAAAGGGAAAUGAAGUUAAUUUGACCCUUGGAGGCAUUGACCUCAACAAUUCAGGCAGUGUUGUUAUCAAAGCAGAUAAGAAACUUUUGACUGUGCAAUUUCCUGAUGUUCAUGAUGGAAGAGCAUUCACACUUAAGGCUGAAACCAUGGAGGAUUUAUACGAGUGGAAGACUGCACUUGAGAAUGCUUUAGCACUGGCACCUAGUGCUACCAAUGGAACGGAGCAAAAUGUGAAGGAUAGAGAACCAGCUAAAUCUACUGUUAUUGGUCGACCAAUUUUACUUGCUUUGGAGGAUGUUGAUGGAACGCCAUCAUUCUUGGAGAAAGCCCUAACAUUCAUAGAAGAGCAUGGAGCAAAUGUGGAAGGAAUCUUGCGACAAGCAGCUGAUGUUGAUGAGGUUGAACGUCGAGUUCGGGAAUAUGAACAAGGAAGAGUUGAAUUUUCUCCAGAUGAGGAUGCACAUGUUAUUGGAGACUGUAUUAAGCAUGUACUUCGCGAAUUACCAUCGUCUCCAGUCCCCGCAUCUUGUUGCAAAGCACUGUUAGAAUCUUGUCGAACUGAGCGUGGUAGUAGGGUUGCUGCUAUGCGUGAAGCAAUAAACGACACUUUCCCAGAACCAAAUCGCCGCUUAUUGCAAAGAAUACUCAUGAUGAUGCAAAGUGUGGCUUCACGCAAAGCUGUGAAUAGAAUGAGCUCCUCAGCUGUGGCAGCUUGCAUGGCGCCUUUACUUCUUCGACCCCUUUUGGCCGGAGAAUGUGAAAUUGAAAAUGAUUUUGAUGUAGGUGGUGAUGGUUCUAUUCAACUUUUACAAGCUGCUGCUGCAGCAAACCAUGCUCAAGCAAUUUGUAUAACCUUAUUAGAAGAAUAUAACAACAUAUUUGGGGGAGGUUCCAUGUCCCCUGACAUAUACACUGACUCAGAUGAAGUGAGUGGAUCUGAGAGUGAGGACGAGGCAACUGAUGAUGAGGUGUCUUAUGAUGAUGAUGAAGAGUAUGAUGAUGAAGAAGAUGAUGAAGAAUCAGUACAUGAUAGUGAAGGAGAAGAUGAUCUUGUCAGUGAAUCGUACAGUGGAACUGAAGAUUCAGAGGCCGAUUAUGAGGAGCAUGACCAUGCUAGUUCAAGUUCGAAAUCCUCAGUUUUGACUGAAAAAUCUAAAGCCACUCGAAAGUUAUCAUCAAAGUCACUAGAAGUCUCACCGCCUCAACAAAAAGAUAUCAAAAGCUCUGAACAUCUCACGAGUCCAAAGAAGACUGACUACGGUGAUCGGUCCAAUAAGCGUGUUGAUAAAGUUGGAAAUGCUAUUGAUGAAACUGCAUUGCAAAAUUUAAAUUCUCCUGGCCCUGCUAUAAAGAAAUCCAACACCAUGUCCAAUGGCCCAGCACCUCGUCAUCGCACCACAUUGGGGCGCACCUCAGCAAGGAAGAAUCUUUCCAUGGAAUCCAUUGAUAUUUCUAUAGAAGACGAGGAUGAAAUUGAAAGGCUUGAAGCUGCCAGGUCAGAAUUACAAACUCAAAUUGCAGAGCAGGUGAAGGCAAAUGCAGAGCUGCAAUCUCAAGUGGAUAAUCAAAAGAAAGCCUUGGACGAGCGUCGUCUUUCUCUUGAGCAGGAAGUUGCUAGACUACAUGAACAGUUGAACAAGGAAAAGAAUUCUCGGGCAGCUCUCGAGAACAAAACAGAGCUUGAGGAAUUAGCACUGGUAGAAGCAGAUCUUGCCAGUUUAGAGUGGAAGGUUGGGGAACUUGUGGCUAGGCUUAAUGCACAACUUGAAAGGAAUCUUGGGACUACUUCUGAGUUCUCGAAUCAACCACGACAGAUGUCAAAUCAGGAAAGAAGAUUCAGAAAAUACAAGGCAGAUGCUGAAGCAGCCGCUGCCUCAACACAAUCUGAUAGAUCAAUAAGUAAGGGUACGGUAAUGGCCCAACAACAGGACACUCAUACUGUCGGAGCAGAAAGUGAUACUGAACGAAAGCCAGAAUCAACACCUUUACCAAACAAACACCCACCAAGUAGCUCCAAGCGAUCAAGUUCAAAGGGCGAGGGAGGAAAUUCCACUCCUUCUGCACUCACAAAACUGACAACCAGACUGAACCUUUUGAAGGUGGCCCGAAAUCAGAUUGCAAAUGAACUCCAAAACUUGGAUAAAGGGCGAGACUCAAGUCGCUCGUCACACAAUGCGGAAAAAGGAAAAGGGUCUGAGCGUCAUCAAACACUGCCAUCACCCAAAACAUAUGGAGGGUCUGAAGCUCACUCUGUGCCAAACCAAGAAAAAGGUAAGGGGUCAGAAUCAUCAGACAAAGGAUCAAGCAAAGGAAAAUUAUCUCAACACAGUUCAUCAGACAAACUUAAAAAAUCAGACAGUCAUCCAGCCCACCACACUGAUGGAUGGAAUCAACAAGCAAAACACUUGGAAAGAGGAAGGUCAGAUGGCCAUCAGAUAUAUAAUGUGGACAAAGGCCGGUGAUUGUAAGGCCAAUAAGUCUUCUUUUCUUCCAAAACAAAAUCCACAUGCAUUCAGUGUUAUUGUUCUCCAUGUUGGGAUUUGCUUAUGUCUUUCAACAAUGUUUUGUGUGAUUUAUAAAAUACAGUGAGAAGACUCUCUUUGAUAAGAUUGUCACAUGAUCCCUCCUUAUUCAAACGAGAGAAGCAUUCAUUUUCUCCCAAAAGCACCGUGUGCAAGGCAUAGUUAAACCUUUCCCGUGACAUAAGCGAGACUGUUAGUAACCUAGCAUGCUGAUUUUUACUUGCUCACUGAGCAGCAUGAUGAUUUGCAUUUACAUUAUCGUAUUUGUAUCUGCAAUAACGUUUGAGUUGUUUGGCAUAA